AUGGCUUCUAUGGGUGUCCCGGGCAAUAGAAAUCCAUUGAAUGUUGUGAACAAUGCUUCUUAUUGCUUGAAGAUUCAUGGGCAAUAUCAUCAUUUGACUUCGACAGCAAUGCGCUCAGCGGAUGGGCAAGCUCCGCGCUUUGCGCAGCUUUACUUUUUAGAUACGGAAGAAGCUAUAAAUCAUAGAAUGAAUAAGAAAGUUAAUCAAGAAUGCAAUAAAAAUAUAAAUUUAAUGUCUUUUCGAAACGAUCCUCAACAUGAUCAAAGAAGAUAUAAUGCUCCACAAGCUAAUGAAAUAGCUGUGGUUUUUCAGAAUGUAGAUGGAUUUAAAGUAACUCAAAUGGAUUAUUAUGCUCAUCUGCUGGCACCAAGAGCCGAAUUUAGCCAAUUUAAAAGAGCAGGCAAAUUGAGAUGUCAAUUUAUACUUGAUGCCUAUAUGAAAACUGAAGCCAGAAGACUUAAUUGUAUUAAAUUAAAUCAACCUCAAUUAAGAGCAGAACUUUAUUCAAGAUUAAUGGAUCACCUUGAUAAUCGAGCACAAAAUGAGGGAAUUACAGUUGGUGUACCUGUAAUAUUACCAUCUUCAUUUAUGGGCAGUCCAAGGAACAUGCAAGAAAGAUACCAAGAUGCCAUGUCUUUGGUAAGAAAGUAUACUUAUGCAGGUGUGAUUGAAUUUCAAAAAAGAGGACUUCCACAUUUGCAUUUACUUGCAAUGUUGAGCGAUGAAGAUAAGCCCCGACUUCAAGAAGUCAUUGAUAUGAUGGUAUGGGCUGAAAUUCCUAAUGAAGAAAAAUAUUCAGAACUUAAUGAAAAAGUUUUAAAACACAUGAUUCACGGUCCAUGUGGAGAUCCCUCGAGGAGAUAUCCUUGCACUGGGGACGAUGGAAUAUGUUCAAAAGGAUUUCCAAAAUAA